AUGAUGACGCCCACGCCUCUUUCCGCCGCGAUCAGCUCCUCCGUUCGCCAGCCCUACCGCCUUCUCCGACCGGCCGUCAUUCUUACCCGCGCCAACAGCAGCAGCAGCAGCAGCAGCAGCAGCAGCAGCAGCAGCAGCAGCAGCAACACCACCACCACCAAACCUAGCAAUGCCAGCUUAAAUCUCCACCAUGCCACCACUUCAGAUGCUUCCCAGCUGACUGACGUAUUCCUCCAUUCCUUCUCCGAUGCCUUCAACCGUCGCUUAUUCCCUCUGACCGACGAUGUGCGCACCUGGUGGUUCGAGAAAUUCACCAGCGACCUGGAGGAGACCGGCAAGCCCACAUCUGGCAGCACAAUCCUCAAACUCGUGGACGAGAGCCGGAAGGAUCCGGUCAUUGCAGCUUUUGCCCAGUGGAAGCUGUACUCCGGCGAGCAACACCAACCCGAGCCAGCACAGCUGGACGAGCUGAGUCUCGCGCAAAAAUGGCCCCCAAGCUCUGAUAAGAAACUGUGCGAGGAAUUCUUCGGCAAAAUGGACCAGGAGAAGUGGGAGGUCAUGGGGGCCAAGAAGUAUUACUAUCUCGACAUGCUCGCAACCCACCCCAACUACAAUGGACGAGGACUGGGGUCGCAGCUCUUGCGAUGGGGGCUACACCGGGCGGAUGAAGCCGGGGUGGAUACAUUUCUGGCCUCGACCCCCCAGGGCCGACGGUUGUAUGAGAAGUAUGGAUUUCAAGUGGUGAAGGAGUACGAGGUUGUGGAGGGGCAUGUCCAGGCGUCGAUGGUGCGGCCUGUGCGGGAAUGA